AGCGGCAAUUUUCUGAUAAAAAUACAUCGUGAAUGUGGCGUGUGUUGUUUGGAAUAUCGUGAGUCGUAAAUAAAAAUGCAUUCAAUUGACUGGUAUUUCAUACUAUAAGUGUACUUCAUGUGUGUUAAAACAAUACUCUACCUGAACACCUUCAGUGAAUAGCGAGAACUGGAGUUAAGAAGUGGUUUAUUUUUGGUAUUUUGUCAUAUGUUGCACGCCUGCCUUGGAGUCUUGAUGAGGACAAAAAAUAAUCAGUAAUUCCGAUGCUAAAUUGAUAAUGCUAAAUAGACACAACCAGUCUUCCGGCACGUUAUUGCGCUUUCUCGUGACAAUGCGGUGCCUUAUGUGUGAAUAUGUUGUCUAAAGUAGUCGUUUUAGAGUUAAACUUCUUCAUAAUGGAUGUUAGAGCUGGCUGAGAAUUAUAUCAAGAUGAGUCACAAUCUGGCGGGUAUGCCGUCGUACAGGCUGCCCGGGCCAGGGCUCGGCCCCCCGGACUUCAAGCCGCCGAUGGACACUCCCACGCCACCAGCACCGGCGCCCAGCAAUCCAAAAAAGAGGAGAAAAACAUCAAACGCAAACAAUGCAAUAACACCACAGCCACCACCUACCGCACAAGAUUUAUUGCCACCACCUUUAACAGGGUAUGGAGAUACAAUAGUUGCUUCUAACCCUUUUGAUGAUUCACCAUCAACUAUAUCACAUAACGGGCCAAUGAUGAGUCAGAAUGGUCCUAUGAUGAGUCAGAACGGGCCUAUGGGCAUGAUGGGUCCAAUGGGGCACAGUAUGGGUGGACCUCCUAUGAGGCACAUGAGCCCUCUACCUCAUUCGAUGAGCCCUAUGAGCCAGCAAAUGCCACCAAGAGGUGGAAUAAGUCCCAUGGGAAAUAUGAGUCCGAUGGGUCACAUGGGUGGCAUGUCACCAAUGGGCGGCCCGAGUAUGGGUAUGAGUAACCACAACAUGGGUCCAGGGAUGGGCCCCACGUCAAGGUCAAUGGGCAGUCCUAUGAGUCCAAUGAAUUCUAUGCCAAUGGGAUCACCAAUGUCAUCAGGACCAAUGGGCAGUCCAAUGAAUAUGAGUUCAAUGGCAGGCAGUCACAUGAGUAACAGUCCAAUGGGUCCCCCAAUGCACAGUCCUUUGGGUGCUGGGUCAAUGAAUGGGCCAAUAAAUGGACCAAUGGGAGGAGGUGGGCCAGGAAUGAAUGUCCCUCGCAUGAAUGGACCUAUGGGCCCAAGCUGUUCAAAUGGAUCUAUGGGGCCGAAUAGUUCUAUAAUGUCACCAAGUCAAAUGCAAAGUGGAGGAAUGGGUCCAGGGCAUUGUGGCGGGAUGAGACAUGGCAGUCCUAUGGGAUCAGGUAUGGGAAGUGGUCCCAUGGGAGGUAAUGGUCCUAUGACUUCAAUGGGACCUGGACCACCAUAUUCCGGAAAUCAUAUGGGUCAUGGUGGGCCUAUGGGAAUGGGUGGCAGUGGUUCCAUGGGGAUGGGUCCUGGGCCUGGUAAUAUGGGUAAUUGUGGCCCCCUGGCUGGAAUGAGUGGGAUGUCCAUGGGAGGACCAGGAGGACAGGGAGUCGGCCCUAUGGGACAAAGUAUGGGUAUGUUUGGACCUAAACCAAUGCCAGUGAGUGCAGGCAAAGUGUAUCCCCCAGACCAACCCAUGGUUUUCAACCCCCAGAACCCAAAUGCGCCUCCAAUAUACCCAUGUGGAGUUUGUCACAAGGAGGUCCAUGAUAAUGAUCAAGCCAUUCUGUGUGAGUCUGGAUGCAACUUUUGGUUUCACAGAGGGUGCACUGGACUAACGGAACCUGCGUUCCAGUUACUAACUGCUGAAGUGUAUGCUGAGUGGGUGUGUGACAAAUGCCUACAAUCUAAGAACAUACCGCUGGUAAAGUUCAAACCAUAGCGAUGCGCCAUGCUGUCCCUCCUGCUCAGCGUUGUAUAACUGGACAUCUACACCCAUCACAAGUAUUUAUUUCACUACAUCAUAGACUUUAUUGAAAUUAUUUUAUUUAAUAAUUGAAUCUGUCAAACUAAAGGUCACCACUCAUCUACAACGCACGCACGACGACAGCUCGUCAUUCAAAUUUGAUACUUUUUAAUCAUCAACUUCAAAAAGAAGUGGAGUUUUUUGUUUAACGAAACUCGUGAAAUAUCACUCAUGCACAUUCGGAUGUCUGUCUGUUUUCCCCGUAUCUACUGAACCAAUUAAGUUGUACAAUAUUAUAUUGUUGUGUGUUGUUGUUGUGUACCAAACACAUAUCAAUUUCUGUGACCCAAACGCAGAGGUGUACUGUGAAUAGAUGAAAUCUGAAUAUUAGGGGGCAAGAUGAAAAGAGCGUGAUAAGAGCAACUUAAAUGUAUCUUUUGUUAUUUUUAGCAUAAACUGUUUUUCGUUCAUUUUCUGCUAUAUUGUAGAACCGGUUGCAUGAAAGGAAAGAUUGCGUUUCUGAGAGGUGGGCAAUGCUACAUGAGAGAGACAAAAAAACGAGGCAAUUGUAAUGAAAUAUGUUUAUCCUAUUCGCAUGACCUGUCAGAAAGGCAAACUCUGAGCGGCCGGACUUAAAAGCGGCUCUGCAAGUUUUCAAGAAGUCUUACUUUAAUAGUAAUUUUAGCGUAUGUGCGUAACUGAAAUAGCAACAAGAUGUGGUGGACCUAAUAUAGAUCUCAUGGGUAAAUAAGAUGAGUGAUGUAGAAAUGUGUAAACUCGAAAUGUAAUUGAAUUUGCAAUUCACGAGCGGUCAAACAUUUUGUAAUUGCAGACAGUCAGUAACUAGUCUGUUUUCUAUUUAUUUUUAACAUGAAUUAAGAUUUUUUUUAGUGUUGACAAAAAUCUUUCGGGGUUCUCAAAUUAGCUGCCAUAUUCUGUGCACGACUGCUGUGUAUUUUUAUAUGAAUGAAUGCCAUUUUUGAUGAGAAAAUAAAUAUCAAAGUCACUUUUAUGUGUGACAUCAAGUCUUUUGUUUCACAGAUAUAACACAAGCUCUGUCAGUGAGUAUUUUUUUAUUAACCUUACAAGUAAUAACAUUAAAAAUUGAAUAAUUAUGCCAACUUAUAAUAAAUGUAUUAAUUUUGUACUAAAGUUAUCAACAAUUAAUUUAUAUGUUUUCAUUAUUAUUAUUUCAUUAUUAAUAAUUUAUAAACAAUAUAAAUUAUUAAUAAUGAAAUAACAAAUAUAAAAAGGUUGACAGGUGUCAGAAACGCAAUCUCUGAGCAGCCGAACUUUACUCUAUAGUCGUGAGUGGCGGCUGAUUUGAAUACACCCUUAGAUUUCUGCGGUAUCGGUUCUGAUUUAGGGAAGAAAAAAAAAACAAUUUGCAAUGUAUCAAAUCUUGUAUCACAUUACGAGUAAGUGUCAAAACGUGACGUCACGUCACUUUGCAAUUACUGAUCUCUGGCAUAACUGGUUUUACAACUAAAUUAAAAUGUGAUACAUUUAGAACAUUAAACAUAAUAUUAAUAAUGAAAUUUGGGACAUUGAUUGUGUAAAAAAAUUAUGAAUUUAAUUUUAUAUUAUACAUAAUAUAGAAAGGAUUAAAAGUCUCUUUAUGCUUAAGGCAAUUUAAUGUAAUUUUUCAUUAGGAGUACAACAACAGAAUGUCCAUUUUGUUGUAUGUUAAGAAGUGUCAAAUCCUAUGCCCUAGUCUUUUAAAUCGUGGCCGUAACAUGUUAAAGAAAAUGAAAUUAAUAAACUAAAAUAUAGUAGACAGGUAAUCUAAAACAUUGCUUGCAUUUGAUAUUUUGAAAAUAAUGUAACAUUUUCAUACAUACUUUUAGGAAGAAAAACCAUCCCGGAAUAUAUAUGAAUUCAAAAGGAAUAAACAGUCACGUAUUUUUUUUAGAAACUUAAUAUCGAAAAAAAGAUGACAAUGAAUGUACUCGUAAUAACGAUUAAAAUGUACUUGAAUAAUGUAACAAGUUAAGUUUUAUACAUUUUUAUUAUCACUUAAAGGUUUUUAAUGCACAAAGACUAGGGUUGGGAAAAGUCCCUGAAUAAAAUUAUUAUGUGAAAUAUGUAUGAUAAUAUUAACACUUUUUAAAUGUCGUGAAAACAGCUGUGCAGCUGUGCUAGUAAUAACAUAUUCUGGAACAAGCAAUAUAACCUUGGGCCUGUGUGUCGCUUCAUUCGUUGUGCAUAUUGUAAAUAUAAUAUUCUAGAAUAAUCUAAGUCUAAACUUCCGCCUUAUAAUAAAUGUGAAUCGUAAGAAUAUUGUCGACAUAAUUUCCAGUAUAACUUAAUUAAAUGUAGGCCCUGUCCUCUCGAAUAUGUUAAUAAUGUCAUUAUAAAUUUUAUUGUUGACCUACCCUCAAAAAUUUAUUUUUUUAUAUGACAAAUAAUAAUUAAACAGUCAAAUACUUCAAUAGUGCACACUUAAAUUUGUUUUUUUUUAUAAGUAAAUUUGUCAGAGCAAAAAGUAGUUAAGGGCCUACUUUAUUUAAAUCGCAAUAAAUAUUAAUUAUUUCAGAAAAUAAGUGUAUUUUUUGUCUCAAUGGUACCAAUUUUGUUGCAUAUGUACUUUUAUCUAGAGUAAUUGAAAAAUAUUCUUUUUAGAUUAUUAUUAGUAUUGUAACAGAAUUUAUACCAUUGCGUUAAAACUACUACCACAGGCCUAGUCGUAUUUUAAGAUAGAUAAUUAAUUUAUAGAGUUAAAAUGAUUCAUCUGCUAACAUAUUUCAUUGUUUUACCCUAUUAUUAUAGGAUCAUAAAAGCUCCUUUUCUUGUACAUUAUAAGUCACAAAAUUGUCUUGUGUCAUCAAAAUCUGGGCCCUGAUUUGUUGCAAAUGUCAAAUCAAAAUUUUGUAAACAAAUAAGCCUAAUGCAGUCCGUACAUGAUACAUCACUAGUUUUGAGAUGAUUUAUCAUACUGUAACUCAAAACAUAGUUAUAUUUGUGGAUGAGUGUCAAAACAAGGAUAUUAAAGAGAUUCACACUUCAAGUUAUUCCUCAGCAAUAAAAUAACAUUUGAUAAAAUUUUGAAUGUCAAGUACAAUAUUGUAUAAAAUAUAAUGAAUCAAGCUCUAUAAAUAUAAAAGGCCUUACGCAGUGGUAGUACAUACAUAUAUGGAUAAUGUAAAUAAAAUACUUACGUAUAACUACUGAUAAUAAUGUACUUAUUAUUUGGUGCCCUAGUUUGCAUGUAACAUUUCGCGUUAUCUAUAAAGUACAUGUAAAUAACGAUGAAUCCAUACGCUUUGUUAAGUAUAAGAGUGUUAAAAUGUGUUUGUCAAUUUUUAAACUUUUGAAGAUUUUUAAUAAAAAAAAAAUUAAGCAUGUAAAAAUAAGGCGUGUACAUACAAUAGGACUUAGGACGCUGACUUAUUCCGCACCGCUUCAGCACAGCACACCGCACCGCUUCAUCUCUUUAUGAACUAUUUAAAGUGUUCCGAAAAGGAAAUGUCCAUAGCCUACCCUAACCACCCGGCAAUUUACUUCUAUCUAAAAAAAACUUGAUACUUAUACUUUAAUAUAGAAAUCAGAACUUUAUCAGAAAAAAGUUUGCUACAACCUUUUGCGAAAUUUUAAUUUGUCCCUAACAAGCAACGAUUGUUAACCAUACAGCCUUAAUAGAGUCUUAAGACAUCUCUGAAGACUUACGAUUGGUUUAUUUGUUCGUUUUCUUGUUUGUUAAACUUGUUGGUAACAGAUAAAAAUAAUACGAAAAAAAUACAGUUUCAAGUGUUACUUCGCAGCUUUGAUUCACCAGUGAACUUUUUGAGCAAAAAGAGUGAUAAUAAAAACCAAUGUUUUUUUCUUCAAGAAACAUACUUUUAUUUAGCCAAUUAUUUAACGAGAUACCUAUUCAUACAUCUUAUUAUGAUCGCCAUAUACUUUUAUAGGAGAGUAUACAUGGGUUCCCAGGGCCGGAGUUCUAUUAGUCGGUGGGCAUUCCCCUUUGUGUAAAGUUCGGCUGGUGCGGUGCUGAGUUAGUCAGCGACGACCUUUAGUAUAAUGUAUUGAGAUUAUAUUAGUGUAGACUCCAGUAAGGUUGUGACUUACACGAGUGAAUCUGCAGCUAUUUUAUGAAUUCCCAGUCACCGCAACGAAUCUUUGUCUGGAGUCUAUUUUUGAAAAAAAUAAAUAGUUUCUUCAUUAUCUAAAAUGCAAAAAAAAAAAUAUUUCGAUUCUAAUCUAGUAAAUAAAGUUUAUUGUAUAAACCUUGACACAAUUACCGAGAAGUGAUGUUCUUCGUUUUGAUCUAUUGAAAAACUUGACUAUUUCAUAAAAAAUAAGAACAUUAUGUUUAUUACUUGUUUGUGUAAAUUUAGUGCGUAAUAAUUUAAUGUACUAAAUGUUUAUAUUGACUCUUUCACAUUUAUUUCUGUGCAGAUUUUAUUGAAACUUUCGUCUGUGUUGUGCCAUCCUCUGAAUAAUAUUAAAUUCAUUUUGAAUUUCUAGCAGCUUAUAAACUUGCGUAUUUUUUACAUGUAAACUUAUUAUUUGUAUUAUUUAAGUCUCGGUUGUGAUGUUUUUCAUUUUGUAUCUGUUACUUAAAUAUAUUAUUAAUUAUAUUAUUAACCCAUACUACUACAACUAACUACCUAUACUCAUAGCUGGGCAUUAACUCGUUAAUCCGUUAAUCGUUAAUUAACGAAGUUAACAUUUUGAUUAACGGAUUAACUUUUAAGUUAACUUUUAAAAAUGUUAACGGACCCGUUAACUUCCGUUAAUAUGCAGAAGUCCGUUAAUCGUUAAUCCAAUGCCUACUAUUUACCGCGCGACGUGAUUUACAGGUUUAGAAAAGUAAGAAAUUAUUAAAGAUUUUUUUUCAAAUAAAUCAACAAAUUACUUUUAUUUAUGUUCAAAUUAUUGAUAAAAUCAAUUAUUUAUGUUCAAAUUAUUGAUAAAAUCAACUAAAAACAAAUUAUGGCACUUUUCCCCAGUGCCCACCUUUAUUUUUCCAGUGGUAAAUUUCCAAUCUCACACAAUGAUAAAAAAAUGCAAUAUUAACCAGUCAUAUUAACGGAUUAACGAUUAACGUUAACUUGCGUUAAUUCUUCCGGAAUGUAACGCUUUAACGUUUAACGAAGCUAACUUUUUUUGUAGCGGAUUAACGAUUAACGAAGUUAACUAUUUGACUAACGGUGCCCAGCUAUGCCUAUACUACAACUAUUUUGUUUAUAUAGAUAGCCCUGUUGCCAAUAAUUGCAAAUAUUGUUAUUGAAUACUUUAUGGAGGAACUGACUUAUUGUAUAUAUGAACAAUGGCGUAGCUAACCAGGGCUCAGGAGGCCUUCGAACAAUCAUCAAAUCGUGAUAGAACUGAACUUUCGAAAAUGAAAAAGAGCUGAUGAUUUACUUGAUAAAACCUAACCAGUUUAGAUGGUAGUGGGCCCUAUUUUUUCAUUUGCACCAGGGCCCUUGGUUACCUAGCUACGCCACUGAUUAUGAAUAUAAUAUUCAGUUAUCAUUGCGAUGAAUGAGUGACAACAGAGCUAUGUGUAUUAUGAAGAGAUUUGUGGACAGAAGCAUAUUUACUUUUACUUAAUUUAAAUCCAGUUUCUACAAUUUUUUUUUAUUUUUUAAAAAUACAUAGUAUCAGUUAUAUGUUUACAAUUAAAACUUGGUCAGUUAUAUUCACUGUUUUUAUUUAUUUAAGUAUUCUCGUAUAUUUUUAACUUGACGAGUGAAUUGAUCCAAUACUUACAAAAUAAUAAGUAUCCGAUUUUUUAAAUAAGAUAAAAACGCAGCAAACUAGUGCCUAUGCCAUAUACAUUGAUGUUUUUGAUAGCAACGUUUAUUUUACUUAUUGACAUGAUAAUUAUUAUGAAAUGAAGCGAGAUGAGAUUUAAAUAAUUAUUAAUUUAUAUUCAAAUACCAUGACUUAGUUUAAUAUACUUAAAAUAACAUGUUCACCCUGAACGACAUCGACGAGUCGAUAGUUUAAGAAUCAUUACAGCAGAGAUCUCCAAAAUCACACGCAUAACUGGUCCAAAUAUCAUUUUAUUAGUAUUGUGUGUCUAGUCCCAUUUAGUCUGUGGCGUAGCGUGCCUUGUAGGAGCCCCGUAUCAAAAUUAGUUGGAAGGCCCAAUUAAUGAAGGGUAAAGAUUUGUCACAAAAGAAACAAAAAUGCUCGCUUAAAGUUAAAUGGCAAUCACUUAACAUUUGGGCAUACGCUUUAAGCAAAGAAUUAAGUGAGGUCGUGGAAUUUUACAAAUUUUUGCUUUUACACCUACGAGGCCCCUGAAGUACCAGGGCCCCGUAUCAUUGAUACGGCUGAUACGCGGUAGCUACGCCAAUGCAUUUAGUAAACAGUUUUUACAUUGAAAUUAUGUUUCAAUCAGUGCAAAUAGAAACAAAAUAAUCUUUCAAAAAUGUAGUAAAUUGAGACAAAAAACUCGAAAUUGAUAAUUAAUACAAAGACCCAGAGCAUCAUUUUAUUACAUUGAUACAUUGACCUCUUAUAAUAAAAGGACGCACAAUCAUGUAGAAAAUUUCACUUAAAAACUGGCCAAUUUUGCUUUGACAGUUUAAGAAAUAUUGGUAAAGAAAAUAAUAGCUAAAGGCCUUUAAAUAUAGUACAAUAUUCAAUAAAAUUCCAAAUUCAGAGCAAAUUCAACCUUAAGGAUUGAGUUUAAGGUAGAAUUUGCAAAUGCGACUAUUUGAAUUGAGUGCCAAGAAGUUUUUUUGGUCGCUGAUUGUGCAUCCAUCCACUUUUUAAUAGGAAAUCGAUGCAUUAAUAAAAUCAAAAGUUCGCUUUCAAAAUUACACUAUUUGCCGGGCUUGUGGUGCCACAAUGUAAAUUAAUGAUGACUAUCUAUCUAUCUUGCUAUAUGUAAGAAUUAUAAGUGAGCGGGUGCUCUUAGACUUCUAAUUUAGUCUCAAGAUAUAUGAAAUGUUGAUGGUUACGGGUGAAUUUAAUAAACGAGUUGCGAAGCCAUUCUGCCUGAAUGUGUGAAUUUUCGGCAACUUUUUUUAUUUGAAUUUUUUUUGGGAAUGUUUUAACUGUAGUUAGAUGUAAACGCUUAGUGAUUUCGCUGAUGAGAGAACUUUUUGUACAUAUAUUUAACGAAUCGACGAAUAAUGCUAAAUUGUACAGUUACUUAUUAAAUUAGAAAUCGAUUAUCUAGAAUAAGCGGCCAUGAUUGUAAUGUAAUAACAUUGUCUUGAGAGCAUCACAAUUUAUUUAAGGGAGACUGCUGCUAUGUCUAUUGAUCACACCUUUUACGUGUAUUGUACGUUGGGCCUAUGCAGAGUUAUACCUACUUCUUUGCUCUUUGGGACAAGAAAACGACAAAGUUCACUGCACAAAUGUAAUUGAUUUAACCAGUCUAAAUAUACCUAAAGCUUGGUUAAUCGCGAAUUUAUAGAUAAUAGAAAAAAUAAUCAAAAUGUAAAAUAUGAUAUUAUAAUGAUUUUUAUGUCUGGAACAUUAUAUUUUUUUACUUUUAACAUUAUAAAUAUUUUUAUAGUCCCUGAAAAUCUUAUUCAAAUGAAGUAUAUAAACCUGUUUGGCCCACAGUACACAUAGCAAUACAGUUGUGUAUGCAAGAAUUUGUAUUUCAGAAUAUUUUAUAAACUCAAAAAUAGAAUUACAUCAGUGGUCUUAUACUUGUGCAUAGUUUAUUUUGUAUUAUGUGAAUAAUAACAAGCAAUAAUAAAAUUGUUAUUGAG